AUGAAGGAUAUUAUACAAAUCCAAGUCUUUCAUAACUCUCGCACCAUCAAUUUCAGGGUGACAUGGAAAGAGGCAAGGACCAAAUUUUCAGUUAUUUUGGCUGUAAAUGGAUCAGUGGAUGUGUCCCGUCGUAAUCCAAUUGCCUCAUGGAUGUGUGCAAUGCUUUAUUGCUUUGCCAGUUAUAUAAUGGCUGAUGUACUGCUUGGAGAAUCACCCCUCCAUUAUUUUAACAACACCUCUCACAUCUUACUGGCAACUGCUGUUUGGUACCUCAUCUUUUAUUGCCCACUGAACCUUUUCUACAAAUGUGUGGCCUUCAUGCCUGUGAAGUUGGUCCUCACUGCUAUGAAAGAGGUGGUGCGAGUCCGCAAAAUUAGUGUGGGUGUUGUCCAUGCACACCAUGCUUACCACCACGGAUGGAUCAUAAUGGCUUUGGUUGGAUGGGCCAAAGGUGCUGGAGUUGCACUGAUCUCCAACUUUGAGCAGCUGAUUCGUGGAGUCUGGAAGCCUGAAACAAAUGAGUUUCUCAAUAUGUCCUUCCCAACAAAAGCUAGUUUGGUUGGAGCUGUUAUCUUCACCCUACAGCAGGCCCGCUGGCUUCCCAUAUCCAAACACAAUAUCGUCUUCCUAUUCACCAUCUUUAUGGUUGUUACGAAGGUAUUCAUGACAGCAACACAUUCCCAUGGAUCACCUUUCGCUCCAAUUGAAGCCUUUAUUUGCCCCAUUAUCUUUGGGAAUGCCUGUGGUAUCUAUGAUGAUCAUGAUCAUGUCUGCUCUCGUGACAAUAUACAGAGCUGCACCCCUUGCAAUCUGUCUCCAUACUCAGCCAAGACAAAGGAGGAACUUAAUGAAGGGACAAGGAAGAAGAAAUGCAAAAAGACUGAAUAAGUGAUACGACUCCCACCACAGUUAUCAAAGCGUGCAGAAAGUGCAAUUUCUGGGACUUAAUGUGAUCUGGAAACUGUUACUAUGAGGAAAAUCGACAUAAUUGUACUCAUACAGUCUACUAGGGUUUGCGUUUGAGCUUGUCUGUCUCAUUAAAUGGAAAGAAAAAUGUGAA